GCGCGUUUGCGGCCAGGUUUGGGUGAGCCGCUCCCCUCCCGUGUGCAACCAACCCAUCCUUCCUAUUCUUUUCUCCCAGCUCUCCCAGAAUUGUAUAUACGAACCAUGCCAGCCAACUCGUGGCAUGCGUCUGUCUGUAUGCACAUACAAAUUCACCCGCCCACAACUCACACGACACCACACCACAGCAGGCAAGGCAGGCCCUCCCACACCAUUCACCACUCGCUCACCCAUGGCAUCCUCCGCCCGCCGCCCACCCUCCCGUGCCGCCUCAUCUGUGCCCUCCCCUUCCUCACUCGCAGCUCACGCACAAACGAUGCAUACGCCGCCCUCUCCUCAUUCGCCGCCACAUCACCUCCACCUUGAUCAAUGAUCUCUUCACAUUUCCUGUGAACGCCCUUGAGAAACUCAUUCAGCCGCCGCAGCGUCUCGGUCGACGGCGCUAUGUGGGGAGGCUCGUGUGGCCGGGGUGGUGGUGGUGGGGGCAGGGGCGGUCUUCCCCUGUGUGCGGGGGGGCGGGAUGAGGGUGGUCGAUACGAGCGGGGGGGAGGGGCAGAGGGAGUGGGAGAUUUGGAAGACGGCGGGUUGCACCGGGGGGUCGGUAUCGACCGAGAGGAGUCCCUGGCCUCCUUGGCCAGCUUGCGCCAUGACAGACCUCUGCAAGCGGCAACGCAACAAGAGACAAACCGAGCACCCACAAUGCGCCACUCGAUUAUUGGGUUUCAUGUCUGCUCACCUUGGUUCAGCUGGCAAGGUGGAGCAUCCCCUGUCGCGUGGGGUCGUCACGGCACUGCCCCGCCCCCUCAGCUGCGACUCCCAUCUCCUCCGCCGCUCCUCAUCCAGUCCACGGGCACUCAUCUGCUGGGGGCGGGAUGACCUGUUGACCAGGUGCAGUGGCAGCCUCAUGGGGGGCAACGGGGGCUUCCCGACAUGCUCCCCGACAUGCUCAUGGGGUGGGGGUGGGGGUGGCUUGGGUCUGGCCAGGGCCAGCCGAUCGAAGGCCGACUCCACGCAGUGCCAAUACACAGCUGAGAUAAGGGAAGGAAACAAGGCAUUGUAUCACGAUCACGGAGAUGCCCAUGCUCUUUGUGUGUUUGGUGGUCUACCUGUGAGUGUGUCGGCCAUGACUCUCACUUUGGCUACCGAUAGCAGGGCCGCGGCGUGCCACGAGGCCACCGUCCGCGACAACAGGCACCGCUGAAAGGGCGCAGAGGGAAAGACACACGGGAGUCAUCGAGCAAUGGACUGGUGGUCUGUCAGUCUUCCUGUCUGCGGGUCUGCCUGCCUGCCGGGAUACCUUCCAGCGGGAGAGGGCGGAUGCGUUCCGCCUGUUCUUGAUCCGCCGCACCCCUGGGUGUCCAUAUGACACGGCAAAUCAUUCGAUUGCUGGACGGACCGGUGCAGUGUGCACUUACUCGUGUAGCGGACAAGGCUUCGAAACGCACGCAUCAUCAGUCUCUUGCUGCACAGCACACACCAACGACAACCCCACACACAUGCAAUGCAGACACGCGACGAUGACGCAUGACAGGCAUGGCAGCGCACCUGUAGUGGCUGUUGGCGAGCCCACAGCCAGCGGUGUGUCGCCUCCGCCCGGAGCAGUAGGCCUUCCAUCUCGCCAUGGAGCGAUCUAGUGCCCGCUCAUGGGAGAAAGAGGAGGUCAUGCGAUCGAUCUGAUGCCAACGCCACUGCUGCUCUGCAUUGCAUUCGUCCGUCCGUCCGUCCAUCCACCCCACCCACACAGACACAGGGACCAUAUGGGCUGUUGUUCCGCUCCUGUCUCCUGUGUCGUACCAGCAUAAUGUCGCCACUUGCCUAUUGCCUUUUCGCACGCACGCAGUGCCGCAUAGCUGCACCACAAUCAGGACAAGACGCAAUGAGGGCGAAGUGCGGGGCGUGCCUUGGUUGGUGCGAGGGAGAGAGAGUGCUCACUUGGCUGCCAGCAGCAUGUUCUUGCGCACCAGCGACCUGGCGACGGUGUGCCGGUGCCACACACCCAAAGCCUGGUGCUGCAGGAUGGGAUGCUGAUGCUGCCGACCAACACUAUCGCAACGAUCGCCCUCACGGCCACCGCCAGAUGCAGCACCAUCUGACAGUACAACAACCCCACACCAGCGUCAUCCCGGUUGGUUUUCUGUUGUCCUGUUCUCCUCAGUUACUCACCUGGUGUGUUGUGGGUACCAUCUGUGUGUGGUCUCAGCCUGUGCAGAGCGGUGCGGAGCAGCCGGUGCUGACGUCUAUGGUCAGACAGACAGACGGAGAAGGAGAGAGACAUACACGCACAUGCGGCGUAAGGGUCUGUCGUCGUCGGUGCCUUGCGGACCUUUGUAUGAGCUGGAGAGCUGUCUCCCUCUGCCUGCAAGCAUCGAAAUAUAUGGGGGGAAGGUGGACAAAUGAGUCAGUCAAGCAUUCAGCAGCUCCUUCAUUCGCACCCUUGUUUCUGCAGUAUCAGCCUCUGCCACGAGCUGAACGACAACUGGACCAAACACACACACAUUCAUCAAUGGUGCCUUCCUUCUGUCUGCUUCAUCAAUGAAUGACCCACCUACCUGUUUCGUGUACGCUGCCCUUGCAUCUAAUCCGUCUCGAUCGGCGACAACGGCACAGCCAUCCCCGCCCUCCAUCGAGUCGCCAUCCUCCACCAAACCAGUGCUAUCAUCACCAUCCCUAGGCUGCUGAUGCUGCUGCACGACCGGUGAUGGUUCAUCAGAACGAUGGCCACCAUGGCCACCAUCACAAGCGUCCUUCGAUGUGCCCCUCUCGAGCCAUGCCAGCAGCUGCAGGCAACGCUGUCGACGCUGCUCACGGCUGAGCGGGAAGAGGGCCGCCGAUGGUGGUGCCGGCGCCUGCAGCUUGCGAAUGAGGAGGGCCUUCAGGCGGCCGAUAGACGACGGGCUACACAGGAGGGCAUGGAUGAGCCUCUCGAUGGGGCGCUCGGCCUGCCUUGCGAUGGCAUGGCUUUGGCUGAGCAGGGCGGUGAGCAGAGGCUCGUUGGCGAGCAGGCCUUCGAUCAGCGACUCCCGAGUGGCGCUGCAAACACGAUGCAGCAUCCACCACACAUGAGAGAUCAUGGAGCAGCGACGCAGGGACUCUCUGCCAUAUUGUUUGUUUGCAUACCUUUCAUGUGAUGACGGUUUUCGUUGGUCCGCAAGACGAGCAUACGACGCUGCAGCACGAGUGCGCCGAUGAGCCCUAUGUGCCGAGCUCUGCGGUGCUGCGUAGCUCCUCAGUCGUGUAUGCCAUUUGCGCGCACCAUCCUCAGGGCCGCAACAUCCCUUCCACGGCCCUGUGCCGCCUUCAGUCAUCAAGAAUGGGCUUGGAAUGAGGCAGUUCCCUUCUCCAAUCCAUCUCCAUCAUCCCAGCUCGCAACUCCUCCCUCUGUGCGCGGCUCACCCUUUCGC